AUGUCAUUAAAUCCAAAAGAAGUUUAUAGUUUGGUAAAUACUUUUGUUGCAAAAACAAACUAUCAAGUUGAUCAAGCACUUCGAAUUAGAAAUCCAAUUGAACCUUUUAUUUUAUUGAUGUUACCAAACUUUCCAACCAAACCAAUAGCCAUUUAUUAUGAAUAUAUUAAAAGUGUAAACUCUGGUGCCAAACAAACUCAUAAAAUAACUAAAAUGAGAGGUCCUUCUACUGGUGCUCCAGAUGAACUUCACAAGGGCAUUACAAGUUGUGAGAGUAUUUUUGAAGUUAAUUCACUUUAUAAUUAUACAGAAGAGACAAUUGGUAAAAAAGAGGAAAUAGAAUUUAAUUUGGAGUUGCCAGCUGGACAAUUCUCAAUUUGGCAGUCUGUCAUUCUUUAUGUAGUAGAUAAACGUGUCUUGGUUGGUAGUAAAGACAAUACUACUACUACUGCUGCUACAGAUCCCAACGAUGAAAUAGCCGGUAAUAAUAUUAAAACCAAUAUAAUUCCAAUAGAACAUGGUGGAAGAACAUACUAUUUCUUUGGUGCUUACCGGGAUGACAUCUUUGUGGCCAAUGAAGAUGAUAAAAUGUAUGAACCACCUCUUCUUGAAAAGGUUAAAGAAUACUUAUUCUCUAAAGGCUAUUCAAGAUGGUCAAAUCAUAAUCCAUUUGAAGAUUUAUAG